AUGCCAGCCAAGCCUAAUCAACGGACUACAUUCGGGCCAGACGUAGCGGAGAGGAACAGGGUCUACAAGCAUUCGUUGAGAAAGACGCCGUAUUGGAUCACCCUCGUCUUCCUGAUCGCCGCUACAGCUUUGACGCUGUUGAACAUUUACGGAACCGACUUGAUCCAUGUCAAGCUAAGGAAUCAGGGCCCACUAGACUUCGAGACGAAAUAUGGGCUCUAUCAGAGAUGUACAAGAAAGUCGCAAACCCCUAACAGUACUCUCCUAUGGCCAUCUCAUCCUCUUCCCGACCCAAAUUUCAAAGUACAAGCUCGAAUCGAAGAAAAUGACGCACCUGUAACAGAUGGAGAAGGAGAAGGGUGGCAAUGUCAGGAUUUCCCCUCGCGAUCUGAAUGUGCCGAGUUUGGUGAGAAGUUCUGCGUCUUGUGGAGUACUUCUGGGUACUCUGCUCAACUCAGUCUUCUCCCUUGUGCUUUGUCACUGCUCAGUCUGUUGUUCAUUUUCCUGAAGCGAGGUGAACGGACCGCACGAGCGAGGGCUAGACGACACGCUUGGAAGCUCGUUUCCGGUGCCAUGCUCCUGCACUGCAACCUUCAAUUACUGGAAAUCUCUCUGGUCCUCCACGUAUUCAGAACAGACGACAGAUUUGCCGCUAAGAACACGCAUCUAGACUCGUCAUUCACAUUUGGCGUCAUUUCCGCGAUCGUCUCUGCUGUUGCAGCCGCAAUGCUCACCUUUACGGGUCUAGCUGCGCGCAGGGGCAAGAGCUGGGCAGCAGGUACAUCUGCACGUAAAUCUAGGAGACACAAGCGAUCCAAAUCAGGCCGUGUGGUCCCUGUUCCCGAAGGUCAAACUAUCCCACGAGAUCAACGUGUUCCCAUCGGAGAAGUUGAGGCCCUCAUGCCGGAGGAAAGGGCGGACGAACGAACAGCACUAUUGGAAGGCAAUGAUGGAAGUGCGGCGGGAGGCAGUGGACAGCGGGCGACGGAUAGUGCUGCGUGA